ACGGAAGGUCUCUUAAGCCUCCCUUGUUUAGUCUUGCGGGAGGAUAGAUUCUCGGCGGAGCGGCGGGUGCUGUCGCUCUGGGGUCGUUUCUCCUCCCUCGAGUUAACGCCUCCUCUCCCGCCAAUUGCUGAGCGCCAUCAGGCAGGCGCCUCACCCAAAGCACCAACCCUGCUCAUAGCUGUGCUCCAAUCACAGAGGUUCAGCCCCGGGGACUACUUUACAGUCCGGGAGGCGCGUAGGAAGAAGAGGUUUUGGGGUACUGUAGUUUAGCACUGUUGGGAAUGCACGGAGGUGGGUGCCAGAGAUCACCGGAAGAACUACACUUCCCAGAAAGGGCCGGGGCAUCAGCCGAACCUUUGCUGUCCAGCCCCACGCUCUCUCUCAGAGUCUGUUCCGCUGUAGAGGUGACCUGACUGCUUGAGAAGGCCUUUGCAGGUGCAGAGAUCAACCUUGCGGUUUGCAAUAAUGCCUGAACCAAUCAGAGUCCUUGUGACUGGAGCAGCCGGUCAGAUUGCAUAUUCACUGCUGUACAGUAUUGGAAAUGGAUCUGUCUUUGGGAAAGACCAGCCCAUCAUUCUUGUGCUGUUGGACAUCACCCCCAUGAUGGGUGUUCUGGACGGCGUCCUGAUGGAACUGCAAGACUGUGCCCUUCCCCUUCUGCAGGAUGUCAUUGCAACAGACAAAGAAGAGAUUGCCUUCAAAGACCUGGAUGUGGCUGUCCUUGUGGGCUCCAUGCCAAGAAGGGAAGGCAUGGAGAGGAAGGACCUACUGAAAGCCAAUGUGAAAAUCUUCAAAUCCCAGGGUGCUGCCUUGGAGAAAUACGCCAAGAAAUCAGUUAAGGUCAUUGUUGUGGGAAACCCAGCCAAUACGAACUGCCUGACAGCCUCCAAGUCGGCGCCCUCGAUCCCCAAGGAGAACUUCAGUUGCCUGACUCGCUUGGACCACAACCGAGCAAAAUCUCAAAUUGCUAUUAAACUCGGUGUAACUGCUGAUGAUGUAAAGAAUGUCAUUAUUUGGGGAAAUCAUUCAUCAACCCAGUAUCCAGAUGUCAAUCAUGCCAAGGUGAAAUUGCAAGGAAAGGAAGUCGGUGUGUAUGAAGCCCUAAAAGACGACAGCUGGCUGAAGGGGGAGUUCAUCACGACUGUGCAACAGCGUGGCGCCGCCGUCAUCAAGGCUCGGAAGCUGUCCAGUGCAAUGUCUGCUGCAAAAGCCAUCUCAGACCACAUCAGAGACAUCUGGUUUGGAACCCCAGAGGGAGAGUUCGUGUCGAUGGGUGUUAUCUCUGAUGGCAACUCCUAUGGUGUCCCCGAUGACCUGCUCUACUCGUUCCCUGUCGUGAUCAAGAAUAAGACCUGGAAGUUUGUUGAAGGCCUCCCCAUCAAUGACUUCUCCCGUGAGAAGAUGGACCUGACAGCAAAGGAGCUGACCGAGGAAAAGGAAACGGCUUUUGAGUUUCUCUCCUCUGCAUGACUAAACAGUGGUACUGAUGUCAGCAAACAUCCCAAGGCUGAGGAAUCAAAAUGUCGUCUUUGAGCCUAGUACCAAACAGUAAGAAUGCUACAUUCAAAUCAUGAACAGCUAAAUAUUUUAAAUAGUGUGUGCUUGGUGAUUUGUGAAAAGUCUAUCAUGUUGUUAGUGCUGCAAUCUAAAUAAAAGUAUAUUCAAGUGAAAGUCUCAGCCCCUAUUUCUAGCUUAUAUUUAGUAUCUUCAAAAAAAAGUCAGACUGCCCAUAGAUUAUAAUUUUACUUUUUUUAAUUGAGUAGAAGAAAUAAAGAUGGAAAAUAUUAUGAAAUAAAGCAUUAGUCUCUAACCUAGACAAGGAAGCCCAGUCUAUUUCAGAGGGAUCCCAUUACUCAAAUGAUUUAUAUUUUAAAUCCUUAAAGGUUGGCUCAUGUUUUGCUCAUAAUUUGAUUUUAAAGUUAGCUGUAAGAAGGUUGCAGAUAAUCUGUCUUCCUUAUAUUCUAUAGCAGAAUAAUGGAAUCAUUAAUAUUUGAUAGCCAGUAAUACCACACUAUUAAUGUUUGUGAGCUAAGAUUAUUAGAAACAUAAUACUAUGUUUUUGAGGCAGUCUGUUUUCCAUGAGAACACAUGCAUUGUUUUUUUGUCUUUGUGCUUUUAGUGCAUUACUCAAUGCAAUAAAUAGUACCAUAAUCUCAAGGCUUGUUAUAAUACCCUUUGUGGAUAUUCAAAUACUUGUUGGUUAGAUUUGCUAUUUACCUGUAUUGGUAAAUAUUAUGUAUCUUGGCGCUCGCACAGUAUUUGCCUAUACCUCACGAAGCCCUGUGUUCAAUUCUCAACAUCACCCAGAACUAAGCAUAGUGGUGCAUGCCUGUAAUCCUGGCACACAGGAGCGUCAAAAGCCAGAGUUAUCCUAGGCUACAUAGUCCAUGGCCAAUAUGGGAUGUGUGAAACCCUGUCUUUAAAAAAUUGGUUUCUUUUUUAAUAAUAAAAUGACCUAUUUUACCAGCUCGAAUGGGAUCUGGAAAAGAAAAAAGCAAGGUUUAAAACUACUACGAGAAGAAAUAAAAAGCUACUUUUAGAACUUCCGUUAGUGAGAAGCAUAAAACCAAAAUUGUAUGUGAGUUAAUAAAAUUUUGCAUGAAUUAUGA